AUGAGCCGAUCAGAACUGUCUACAAAUUCAUCCGCUGUUGGUAUUGCUAGUGACGACAGAUUACCCAGCAAUGAUAGGACUUCUUCACUUUCGUUUAAAAGUGAAGUGUCUAGCAGCUCAGUGGGAGAAUUAAUUAGAGAGUCACAAGCUUUGCAGAACGAGAUCAAUAGCAUUUUUGCCGAGCUGAGUGAUAUAAAUCGGCAGGUUAAAAUUGAUAUCGAUGAGUUCUGCCACAUUGGAUUGCAUAGCACCUCAUCGAUGCUGAACGCCAGCCGUUCCAAUUAG